AUAUAUGUAGCUUAAAAAACGCGACGUCAUAUUUACUGGCCGGAAGUUAACGGGAGUCUGUCCGAGAGAAGAAUGGCCGGGCUGCUGAAAAAGACCACCGGCCUGGUCGGCCUGGCAGUGUCCCACAAUCCACACGAGCGUCUGAAGGUUCUCUAUUCAAAGAUAAUGGCCACACUGCAGACCAUGCCACAGGACGCAGCCUACAGGAAGUACACUGAGCAGCUGGUUGGCGAGAGGUUCCACCAUGUGAAAACGGAGCCCGAUGUUGAGAAGCUGGAGAAGAAAAUAAACGGUGGCCAGAUAGAAGAAGUCAUUUUCCAGGCGGAGUGUGAGCUGUCUCUGUCCCGGAAGAUGGCUGAGUGGAAACCAUGGGAGCCGCUGGUAGAGGAGCCUCCUCCCAACCAGUGGAAGUGGCCCAUCUGAAUAUCCAUAUUUCUAGUGUUCUUGUCAUGCUGUUUGUCUGUGAGAUCUGUACAAAAUCUGCAAAUAAAUCCUCAUUUAUUCUCACGAA